AUGAACUCCUUCUUGGAGUACCUAGCACGGGGCGGGGGGGAGGGCUUGAGCCUGGCCGGCAAGCUGGGCGGCGGCGGGGGGGAGGCUCUGCGCCCGCCUUGCCCGCUCUCAGUGGCCGCCGGCCAGGGCUCCUACGAAUUCCCGGCUCAGCCGCCGCCGCCCCAGCUGGAGCCGUGCGCCCUUGCGCGCUUCGCCUCGCCGCAGUACAGCGCCUUGCUGCGCCCGGAGGUGGCCAGCGGAGGCCAGCGGCAGUCUGGCGGCGCCCCGGCGCACUAUGCCACGGCCGUCUUCUCCGGGGCGGGCGGCGGCGGAGGGGCGCCUUACCUGCCGGUGGACUACAGCGCGCUGGCCGAGACGCUGCAGCCGUGCGCCAAAGCGCCACCGCCGCCGCCACCCUCUGCGGACUGCCGGCCGGGCCGCGCCGCGCUUCUCAGCACCUUCGAGUGGAUGAAAGUCAAGAGGAACACGCCCCCUCGAAGUAAGAAGCCGCCGCUCUCCGGCUCGCCCAGCCCGCCCAGCGCCGUCCGGACCAACUUCAGCACCAAGCAGCUCACCGAACUGGAGAAGGAGUUUCACUUCAACAAGUACCUGACCCGGGCGCGCCGCCUGGAGAUCGCCAAGGCGCUGGGCCUCAACGACACGCAGGUCAAGAUCUGGUUCCAGAACCGGCGCAUGAAGCAGAAGAAGCGCGAGCGGGAAGGCCUGGGGGUGGCGCGCCCUCCCGCCCCGGGGGGCUCCUUCCCCCUCGCUCCCGCCCAGCUCAGCCCCACGCCCCCGCCCGGCAGGCGGACGGCCCCCUCCUCCCCGGCCCGGGGCUCGCCCUGA